ACAGAAUAUAACCUAAACUGAAAAGAACAGUUAUCUGAUAUAAAUCAAGGUAGCUUGACAUGCAAGUCAUUGGAGAUUGAGUUGUAUAAAUACGUUAAUCAAUCAACCAAGUAUAACAAACCAAGAGAAAACCUAAAAACAAAGGAAAACAAUCUGAUCAUCACUCGCUCUGAACAACUAAAAAAUGGAGAACAAAGAGAAAAAAGAUCUGAUCAGCAGAGACGAGACGAUCAACAAGAUAAGGGAAUUAUUGGGAAAAGACGGUGUCCCUUCAAGAACUGUCCUCGUUGGUGAAGCUGGUAUAGGGAAGACGUGGCUUGCAAAACAAGUCAGCAAACGUGUAACGCAAGCAGCCUCUUCAUCUUACAGUGUCCUCUGGUUACAUCUGAACAAGAAGAUUGGAGACUACAAGACACUUUACGAGAAUAUAGCUGCUCAGCUAUCCUUGUUUUUCGAGUACGAAGAAGGCGCAAGUCAAACUCAAGUUGAAACCAAAGUUGAUGAUUUAGUAGAAACCUUGAAGAAGAACAUAUCAAACGAGAUCAUCAAAACAAAGAAGAAGAAUCUUCUGCUGAUUCUGGAUGAUGAAGGAAGCAUGACAACUGAGGAACAUGUAAUGGAAGAGCUACACCUCCGACAGUUUCUGGAAGAUGUUGUCAAAGACACAACUCUAAAGAUUCUAGUCACAAGAAGAGGUGAGAUACAAAAGAAAGAGUCAAAGACAACGAUCAAAGUCGAACCGCUUACGGAAAAAGAGUCACAGGAACUACUCAGCGAUUCUCAAAGCUUACUCAAGUCGUACACCAUCAUUGAAGACUGGCCUGUAUUGCUGAAGAGCCUUUGCGAUAGCGGAGAGAUCACAGAACCUACUUUGAUGUCUUGCAUCGCAAGGAAGAGCCAGGGCUUACCCGCUGCGAUUGUUGUCUUGACCAAGACGUUAAACAGCAUCAAGACUCUGUCUGCAAAACAAAGGAAUAUCUUCAAAGAAUUGAUAUUAUCCCCCAAGUCACUAGAGGCAGCUGCUGCUUCCAAGAACGCAGUAGACCGCAGCCGCUACAAUCCGGUCUUGCGUUUAAGCUACGAGCUGUUAAAGCCCGAGGAAAAUAUCGAAAGACCGGUCAUCAUCGCUUGCUUUUGGCACGUCCUGGACUUCUACGAGUACUCUGGGUGCGCUUACUACCGAGACCUAAUCGUGCACUGGAUGCUUGAAGGGUACUUCGAUCCGGUCAAGUCGGUUGAGAAGGCUUACCUAGAAGGACACAGCAUUUUGAUGGAGUUUAUGAACAGAGGAAUCUUGAAGAUGCAAGAAGACAACACUGUGGUUCCAGAGGUGUCUAUGAGGAUUCUGUUAGAUCUUGAAGACUGUGGAUUCUUUGGAAGAUCUUGUCUUGGAUUCAACAGAGUUUACGGUGGGGACAAGGCGAAAGGUCUCGGGAGAACUAUAUUAAUCGACGACAUGAUCAGGACAAUUCAAUCUAAGGAGGAUAAGAUCACAACGCUUAUCGUUAGCGGAAACCGUCUACGCAGAGAGGUUCCUAACAAGUUCUUUGAAAGAAAAGAGAUGCAAGAUCUUGAAGUUGUUGUCCUCUUUGAUCCAACUUUCCAAGAUCUUGUUCAGUCUCUAUCCAAACUAAAGAAACUCCGAGUACUAGUGAUCAGAGACUGCGAUUUAAUCAAGAACAUCGACGAGCUCAAGGAUCUUGAAAAACUACAGGUUCUUGAAGUCUCUGGUGCAAGUUAUCUAGAUAACAUAUCUGAUGAUCUCUUCAAGAACAUCACCAACCUUCAAAGCCUUAACCUCUCUGGGCUUUCGAUCGAAUCCUCGCCUUCCUCGAUCGAAAACCUAAGCAUGCUCCGCUGCUUCAUACUAAGAGACUGUCCUAAUCUACAAGAUCUUCCCAACUUCAAUGUGGCAACAAAGGAGCUAGAAGUCAUCGACAUCCGCGGAGCUAGAGCUCUCAAGUCUUACUUCGACAGGGUUAAAGACUGGAAAGACUACAAAGGCAAGAACAAGAACUUUGCUCAUCUCCGAAAGCUAGAACACUUGGACUUCUCAGGGACUCAGAUCAUCCGCCUACCGAUCUUUCACCUCAAAGACUCUACCAACGACUUCAGAACCAUGCCGGCCUUGACACGGCUCUUGGUGCGAAACUGUACGGAGCUUAAGAGGCUGCCGCAGCUUAAGCCCUUGACUAAACUCCAGCUUCUUGACGCCUCUGGCGCCAAGAAGCUGGUGGAGAUGCUCGAAGUGUGUUUGGAGGAGAAGGAUGAGCUUAGAAUCCUUAAUAUCUCGGAGACUGCUCUUCCGGAGUUAGCAGACACGAUCAAUGACGACGUCCAUCUCAACCAGCUUCUUGUAAGGAACUGCUCCGCGAUGAAAGAGCUUCCGAACAUCGAGAAGCUAACACACCUUGAGGUUUUCGAUGUUUCCGGCUGCGACAAGCUGGGGAAAAUCGACGGUACCUUUGAGAAGAUGUCUUACUUACACAAAGUGAAUCUUUCGGGUACGGAUCUACGCGAGCUGCCUAAAGGAAUGUCGGAGCUAGCUAACAUCAAAGAGCUCGUGAUAAGAAACUGUUCCAAGAUAGAGGCUCUUCCGAAUCUUGAGAAGAUGAUCCAUCUUGAGAUCUUGGAUGUUUCGGGGUGCGGCGAGCUGAAGAAAAUCGAAGGAUCGUUCGAGAAUAUGUCUUACCUUUGCGAGGUGAAUCUCUCUGAGACGAAGGUCAAGAAGUUUCCGGAGUUGCCGAAACAGAGCAUCCUCUGUUCUUCGAAACGCAUUGUUCUCGCGGAUUCGAAGUUUUUAGAGGACGACGAGUGGGGGAAGAUAAAGGAGAAACUCGAAAAGGAUCCAGAGGGAUAUAGCUUCCCUGGCUUAGCAGACAAGACGGGAGAAGAAAGAGAGAAGAUUGUUCAUCAAGGAGAUCGAUACAGAGUUCUUGACCCUGAAGUUCCUAAGGGUGUCCAGAUCUUUGACACUAACAGACCAGUGGACGAUGAUAUAUCCAAAGCAGAGUACGUCUCUGUUUCAGAUAAUGAAAUGGAGAACGUAUCUUUAAUCCUCGACAAGUUUAAAAUGAGUUCGGUGAAGGGUUGUUGGGUAGAGAGGUGCAAGAAGAUGGAGAAUCUCUUCGUGUCGUCGUCAUCGCCGUCGUCGUUGGAGAUUCUUUGGAUCUCGAAUCUUCCGUUGCUCAAAAGAGUAGAGAGUGGAGGUAAUGGAGGAUCCGCCGUCUUCAAGAACCUUAAGAAGCUAAGCAUAGAUUGUUGUCGAAACAUCGAAACGAUCUUCCAGGGAGCCUCUCAGGUUCCUGAAAACCUUGAGGUUCUACGUGUGAAGUUUUGUGAUCAGCUGAAGAAACUGUUUGACGUAGAAGAAGCAGGAGAGUUGCCGAAUCUUCGGAAGCUAUACCUUCUUGAUUUGCCUGUUUUGUCGUCGGAUGGAGUUAAGUUUCGGAGUUUGGAGAAAUACACAAAGGACAAGUGUCCGAGAUUUACAGCUACACUUGAGGAACUGAAGAUGGGAACGAAGAAAACGGAAGAAGCUUCAUCUUCAAAGGAGGAUCAGUCUCGCAAGGAUAUUGCGCCUGAAAUUCAAACUCCUGCUGAGUCAGCGAAAACAAAUAUUGUUCCCACUGUUUUUUUUUGAGUUUUCAGUAUAAAUGAUUGAAUAAUCUUCAAAGUCUUGGACUUUGAUAGAGCUUGUAACAAACGUUUACAAAUGUUUGCUUUGUUGUUGUGUUAUGUAAUAUACAAAUGAAUAAAUUUCUCUCGUGUUUUGGUCUGCGAA